AUGCUUGCCUCUUUUCUCCUCUCGUCGCUGCUGUGCCUCUCCACAGUCUCAGCUCUGCCCAAUCCAAUUGUCGCUGAGAGAGCAGCGUGCGAUUGUUCCGGCACUCGCGACGGUGGAUCCAGCUCCAAAGACUACAUCUGCCGCGAUGCUCGGCUCGGCCCUACCAAGCUCCCAAAGAAGCUCCCGCUGAGCGCAACCGUCGAGAGCUACAACCGCUUUGGUGGGCUUACACCAAUUCAAUUCCUCCAGACAUGGACAGACGAGAAGGGCAACUACAAGUACCCUCCGCAGAAUGGCUUCCAGCUUGACGCGAAUGGCAAUGCCAUCAACGGCAGUAUGGUUCUCCAGGUCGGAACUCUCGUAGAUCGAUUUGGAAGCGAAUAUGGAUCGUACGUCUCUGCUGCCUCUGCUCCCUACUCGCAAAGAGCUCUCCCUCCCUCGAACUUGGCUACGAACCCCGACACCCCAGACUUCCCGUACAACUAUCACGUCUACCGGGUCAUCAAGCCUCUUACAGUGGUUGGAGGACCUAUCGCGCCUUGGUUUGGGCAGCCCGGUCUCGGAGCGCAGUUCUUCACUGGUGAAACUGGCAAUGUCAAGUUUCUGAUUGAGCAGAACUAUUUGCAGAAGGAGGAUCCGUCAGCUCUUGUUUACAAGUCUGAUGGUUGCGCAUAA